UUCUGGGACAGAGUAGAAGUAGGAGGAGGAGGAGGAGGAGGAGGAGGAGGAGAAUAGGAGUUUCUUCCCCCCUCACCAAUCCAACUGUUCUUCAUCACGCAGUCUGUUACAACAGACAUCCAGCUUGAGAGGAGGAAACAGCAGACGCUUUCUUCUCCAUGUUAGGACCUCUUCAGUAGGCAUGUUUUAGAACAUCAGCACUUGAAAGUAUUCAGUCACAGGAUGGACCACUCAGCUCUCCACUGCCUCAUCGGCCUGUCCGUCAUUCUGCUAAACAGGCUGCCCACUUAUGCCACCCCAGUCAUUUUAAAUGACUCUUUGGAGGGCAGUGGGCAGUGGGACUCUGGGAGCACAGACCUGACCCCCACACCCACCAUUUCCUCCUCAUUCAAUGAAUCGGUGAAGUCCACCUCCAUAGAUGGAGAAAAACACAGCAAAUCAUUCUUGGAUCAGCUGGUGGACUUCUUACAAAAGAACCACCUUCCCAUAAUCGUCAUUACCAUAUUACUUUUUCUUAUCAUCACCAUCCUCUGCUCGGCUGCCUUCUUGAGUCGCCGACGUAAAGUCAGCACCUACUAUCCUUGUGCUUUCCCUUCCAAGAUGUACGUGGACGAGCGAGACAAGACCGGAGGAGCACGCUUCUUCAGCGAAGUCCCAGAGAAUGCCAACACCAGCUCCAGUGAGGAGCCAGUGAAUUCAGCCAGGCAGCUCCAAGAGGACAUCAUGCUGGCUACCAAGAACCUCCGAACACCAGUCAAGACCCCAUGGAAGGAGAAGAAUGAAGUGGAGGAAGACCAAAAACAUGCAGAAGACGAGGGAAGUGCUCAGUGCGAUAAGAGUCAAGAGGAGAGCUGUGACUCACUAGAGAACAAGACCACAAAUCAGUCUGCUGUUGAGGAUACUGUGGAAAAGAGCUGCCCCAGCAGGUCCCAGGACAGUAUCCCUGCUUGUGACAUGGAAAAGACUGACCUCACGGACUCCGGGCCCCCUGAAGAGAGCAAACAUUCAUCUGGGCCAGAGAAUUCAGAUCAAGAGGACACGAACAAACAGGAUGUUGCUACUUCAGGCUCACCAUUUAUCAGUGAAGAGAAAACAGCAUUUUAGCUUGGACAUUUUUAAAGCCUUAAAGGAAACACUAAGAAGCAAAUACAGACCGAAGUGUAUUUCUUGCACACGCUGUAAAACUAAAAAACGUAGUAUGAAGCUUCAUUGAGAUUGUUCAUGAAAAAUAUAUGGCUUUAAUAUUGUUUGUAACUCUUUGAUUUUCCAAAUAUAAAUGUAAUAAUCUGUUUUAAAUGAUAUGAACGGAUGCCUAUUGGGCAAGACAUAAAAACUGCUUUUUAAAUGUUGGUUGUCAUGAAUCUCUUAUUUUGACAUGAGGACUCUUUAACCCUAAAUCAGAAAUGAUCUUUAUUCUUGUGUGCUUUACUCUCGGUUAUUAGCAAAUACAUCCAUAUAGACUGGAAAGGUUAGGAUUAGGGAAGUAGAUUCCGUUAAUGGCUCGCAACGCACUAUAAACACACGCAUCCAAAAAAAUAAAACAAGUACACUUACUACUCCAAUUAAGGAGACAAGUCGAAGUGUAGAAAAGCUUUGCUGUGAGUCAGCUUACUGUUUACACAUUCUGGCUCAAAGUAUUUCCUUUCAAGGUCAAGAAGUAUUCAGCCACAGCAAGUCCUAUGCCACCUUUCAAACGGUUUAGUCUAAGAUUAGUUAGUCUCAACACACACUUUAUGAAGAACACAAUAUUCUUAAUAAACUUACUACAAGAUUUGACCACAUUUCAAACGUUCAAGACAAUCUGCCAUCUAGAAUUUCAAAAAAAAAAAAAAAAAAGUCAACAAAUGCUGGUCAGUGUUAUAGUUUGCUUCAGAUCUAUUGGCACGUCACAUAGCAUAACAGUUAAUGAAACAAACCUCAAAUUGAGAAUGAAAACCACAUACUAGCCAUGCAAAAUCAGUUAAUCACUGUAAAUUAGCAUCAUGUUUCUAGAUUCCAAGGGUGUGCAAUAUUAAUUCCAAUGCCCACAUGAUUGAGGUUUACAGAAGCUUUAUUUAAAGUACUGGUGUUUGAAAGGCCAUCAAAUGAAAGCCCAGCAGCACAAGUCACCAUCAUAAUCACAUCUUCAUUCUUUCAAACAACAAUAAUAGAAUAAGAUAAAUUGUGUGCGUUUUCAGCAAGUAAGUGAAGCCACUGACACUCUUUUUCAUUAAAUCAACACAUCUAAACAAAUAUGGCUUAGACUGUAACAGUGUUGAUCAGUACUUUUACAUUGUGCGUUUAAAAGACUGGCUACAGUGCAAGACUUGGAGAGCUUUGGUCUUAACUCAAAGGGAGGUUAAAGAGCAUUGAUUCUCAACUGGUUUUGUUGUUUCAAGACCCAGAUUUUACAUUGGAUAUCAAAUGGAGAUCCAA